AUCUGAAGAGCCAGAAAACAAGAGAGAAUUGCGCCUCCUCUGCCCUCUGCGUUGUAUUCGACCUAUCGGCGAGUUUCAUCGAUCAAGAAUAAGAAUAAGCUCGAGCUGAUCUCUCUUACAGUUACAGGGUUCCUCAUGGAAGACAUUGGUGACUAAUUUAUGUUUUCACUUUAACUACCUUGCCGCUAUAUAUAGCCGUUAUGGUGUUAUCGGAAAUAUCUUCACACUCAUUACCACUUUCGGCAUGGGCUCUGAGUAUCACAAAUGCAUCAAGAAAGCUCCCAUCUCAGUCUUUUGCAUUGAUCACAGUUGAUUUAACAGAGGUCCGCGAGGGCGUUUGGGCUGUUAUAGUUCAAAACACAACUUCUUUGGCAUAAGUGUAACCAUGGAGUUCAUAGUGUUUUGAGUAUGGAAACUCAAGGACUUAUCAAGGACUCCAGAGCAAAUUCAUGAUAAAGAUCCGAACUUUGUAACCUUUAGAAGAGUGUCAACAAAUUGAAAUGGAGAGUGAUUCUAGAAACAGUGCUACCUCCAUCAUGCACCUUCCUGAUGAUUGCUUAUAUUUUAUUUUCCAACGGCUUGACUGUGGAUCCGAUCGAAAUUCUUUUGGCUUGACUUGCCAUCGUUGGCUUUGUGUUCAAAAUUCAAGCCGUCAAUCCUUACAGUUCCAAUGCUCAUUUAGUGUACUCAACAUUUCCUCACUCUCUCUCACUAGCGCCAGUGUUAACUCCUUCCAACUUCAGAAGUUGCUCACUCGUUUUCGCCAGUUGCAGUCAUUGUCCCUAUCUGGGUGUAUCAAGCUACCUGAUUCAGGUUUAUCUGGAUUGCAAUAUUAUGGCCCAGAAUUGCAAGCUUUUUACUUGGACUGUUGUUUUGGCAUCACCGAUAAUGGUCUGUCAUUGGUUGCUGCUGGCUGCCCUUCCUUGUCAAGAAUUAGUCUCUACCGAUGCAACAUUAGUGAUGUUGGGUUAGAGAUCCUGGCCAAAUCUUGCUUGGCCUUAAAAGAUAUCGAUCUAUCAUAUUGUUCACUUAUUACUGACAAGGGAAUAAGAGCCCUCUCACAAAACUGCCAUCAUCUUAGGGCAGUCAGGAUGUCUUACUGCAGAAGCAUCAGUGGCGUUGGUUUUAGAGGGUGUUCCCAAAGCCUAUCUUACUUAGAAGCUGAAUCUUGCAAGCUGGAACCAGAGGGUAUAAUGGGGAUUGUAAGUGGGGGUGGCCUUGAGUACCUGAACGCGUCUAGUUUAAGUUGGUGCAUCAAUGGAGAUGGUUUGGCGUUCAUCGGCUGUGGAUCGGCCACAAGGCUUAGAGUUAUUAAUCUCCGGUUGUGCAGAAGUGUUAACGACGAAGCUGUCAUGGCAAUCGCGAAGGGCUGCCCGUGGCUGCAAGAAUGGAACCUCGCAGUGUGUCAUGAAGUUAGAAUAUCGGGGUGGGAAUCAAUCGGCUCGGACUGCCAUAACUUGGAGAGGCUUCAUGUGAAUAGAUGCAGGAAUUUAUGCGAUAGGGGGCUGCAGGCGCUGAGGGAUGGCUGCAAGCGUCUCUCCAUUCUCUACAUCAGCCAGCGGUGUCGAAUUUCGACUACAGCGAUAGAGCUGUUUAAAUGCUUUAGAGCUGGUGUGGAGAUCAAAGAAGAAGAAAUGAUGUGCACUGGAAUGCAACAAACUAGGAUCCUUGAUUAAUACCAUUAAUGAAAUGAAGAAAGCUUUAGGGCUGCUCAUAUGUUGAAAAUAUUUUCUGUUUUGUAAUUUUAAUUUUUUUACUAAGAGGCUGUUUGGCCUACCCUUUUUUUAGGGGCUCAUAAGCCUUUAUACUUAUAAGUUGUGUAAUGCUUAAAAAUUGAGUAGCCUUUAAAUUGA